AUGGCUGAACUCAAACACCCAGCUACCCAAUGCGGCUACCAAUGGAGAUCGUCAGAAACCUUCAUUCUGGCCACAGUCGCUAUUGGGAUCGCGCGAAGCAUGUUCCUCUGGAGCUUCAUUAUCCCUCUACUUCCUUACAUGCUAGAGGAGCGAAUCGGCCUCGAGCCGUCCAGGACGCAGAACGUGACGUUUCUUGUCCUGGCAGAAACGGCCCUGACCUCGGCCGUGUCCAGCCCUAUCGUCGGCACUCUGGCGGACCGCUGGCGCGCCAAAAAGACGUUUCUCUUCUUCUCCCUAGCGCUGGCAAGCCUGUGCACGGCCAGCAUUGCACUCGCGAAAGGCCUAUACAUCAUCUUUCUCGCGCGGUUCUUCCAAGCCAUCGCCGAUAAUUGCAUGUGGAUCGGCGGCCUAGCUAUCAUCAGCCAGACCUUCCCAGCGCAACACUUUGGCAAGGUCAUGUCCGUGCUGAGUGUCACCGUCGCCGUCGGCACCUCCGCCGGGCCCGUACUCUCCGGCAUCCUGUUUGAGAAGGGCGGGUACUGGAUAGCCUGGACCAGCGCCUUUGCCGUCUUGCUAGUCGACGCAGUCAUGCGCAUGCUGAUGAUCGAGUGCAAACCAGCGCAGCCAAAACCACCACAGAAGCAACAGCCCACGGACGCCGACCCCGACCCCGAGCGCGCCCCCUUACUGCCGCGCAGCCUCUCCACCGACUCCUGGCGCCAAAACCACCUGGCCGGCGUGACCCCUAUGCAGGAGCAAACCGGACUGCGGUACUACGGCGUCCUCUUCCGCCAACCGCGGUUCACAGCAGCCAUGACGGCGUACGUGUUCUACGCGAUGCUCCUCGCCAGCUUUGACACUACCUUGCCCCUGCAUAUCCGCGACGUCUUCGGCUGGGGUAGCCUACCAGCCGGGCUGCUCUUCGUGGGCCUCCAAAUGCCGGGAAUCGUCUUGACGCCCGUCUGCGGCUGGCUGAAAGACCGUGUGGGCACGCGCCUCCCGACGGGGCUGGGCUUCCUGCUGGUCGCCCCGUUCCUGUGGCUGCUGGGCGUGCCGGGCGACGAGCGCUUCCCGUGGGCCAGCGGCGGCUCGGAGACGGGGAAGGCUCUGUACGCGAUCGCGGUGGUGGUGAUCGGGUGUUUCUUCUCGGCGUUGAAUGGAGUGGGGUUCCUGGAAGCGACCUUAACCAUCGACGAGCUCGAAUCCCGUCACCCCGGCAUCUUCGGCCCCAACGGCGGCCACUCCCGCGCCCAGUCUAUCGCCUGGAUGGGCUGGACGGUCGGCAUGUUCCUGGGGCCUAUCGUCUCGGGUCUGUUGGUCGACCGUAUCGGGUAUCUGGAUCUGCACUUUAUCUUCGGCCUUCUGUCUGUCUUCUUCUCCGCGGUCACUCUCUCUGCUUUGACUGGAAAGAGGGAGUGAUUUCUUUGUCAAGGAACGGGGAUUAUCUGAUCAGAGAUUGGAAGGGUAUCUUCUGAGAAUUAUUU